AAUGUCUUCUAAAAUUACAACCCCAGAGGCAAAUAAUCUUGAUAAUUAGAUAUAACAUUUAUACUAAUGCAAGCCUCUUCCUGAAUAAGAUGUCAAACUAUUAUGUGAAAAGGUUUAAUUUUUUAAUAAUUUAUAUUUUCUUUUAUAGGCAAAAGAAGUUUUAAUUGAAGAAUCAAAUGUAUAACCUGUCAGAGCUCCAGUGAUCAUAUGUGGUGACAUUCAUGGUCAAUUCCAUGAUCUGAUGGAAUUAUUCAAAAUAGGUGGUAAAGCACCAGUAAUGAAUCAUUUUCAAUUAAGGAUACAAAUUAUUUAUUCAUGGGUGAUUAUGUAGAUAGAGGACAUCAUUCAGUUGAAUGUGUUACUUUAUUAGUCUUAUUGAAAGUAUUAUACAUAUAAUAAUAAUUAGAUUCGUCAUAGAGAUAGAAUUACAAUCUUAAGAGGAAAUCAUGAAUCAAGAUAAAUAACAUAAGUUUAUGGUUUCUAUGAUGAAUGUUCAAGAAAGUAUGGUAAUAGUAAUGUAUGGAANCAAUUUUGUAAAUUAAAUUUACAAAUGCAUUAAAUACUUUUUAUUUUAUACAAAAAUAUAAAUAUUUACACAAUGUUAUUGUAAUCUUAUAAGUUUUCGAAUCAACAGGAAACAAAAUAACUAACAUGA